AUGAACAUCGCAUCCAAUGCUAGUUUGCUCAAGCUCAAACUGCUGGACUGUCUGAGGAGCUCAGACAAGGAUAAGCUACAAGAGCUUUUUAACGAAUGCCGGGCAAUCAACCCGCCGGAUCCGCAAGUAUCGCUUUUAUUGCACCAGAUCCUCAUAUUUGCGGUGCAGGUGGCUCCGUUGUCCGUAAUAGAAUAUAUCGUCCAAAGGAAACUGGUUGACGACAUCAAUGCUCAGGAUGACCAGGGGAACACGGCACUGCACUACGCCGCAAUUUCGUCUCGAAACGACGUGAUUACGUUUUUAAUGGGCCAGGAAGAUAUCAAUGACUGUAUUGUCAACAAGCAGAUGAAGCAGCCCAUCGAGUGCUCCUCAAAUAUGGAAACGGUGCAGCUGCUUUCUGACCUCCGGACAAAAUUUGUGGAAAUCAAGGCAAACGAGCUGAGAAGCGCUUUUGAGACACGCAAGUUUGACGUGCUCGAUAGGCUGUUGAGCAAUCCAAGGGUCAAAAACUUGCUAGACAUCAAUGGAACAGAUCCCGUCACAGGAGACACUGUUUUGCUGGAGUUUAUCAAGAAAGACGACAUCCAGAUGGUCAAGUUCAUUCUGGAGCACGGAGGGGAUCCGUUCAAACGGAAUCUCAAUGGCAAACUUCCUAUUGACUCUGCUGUGUCGUCUACGAUGAAGAAACUGCUGAAAGAAUCGUGCAAUCAUCAGACCAUGAUCGAUCCUACUAAUCAAAGCGGGCAGCUUCACUCAGGCCCGCCAACAUUCAAGGGUUUCCUGAAGAAAUGGACCAAUUUCGCCGGUGGCUAUAAACUGAGAUGGUUCAUUUUGGACGCCGAAGGAAGACUCUCUUACUACACCUCUCCGAACGAUAUUUAUAACUCCUGCCGUGGAAUGAUACAUCUUGCAAGCGCUCAAUUGCGCAUGGACAGCUCUGAAAAGUCUAAGUUCGAGAUCAUUAUCAAGAACAGGGGCAACAAGGCAUCUCUUAAAUGGCACCUCAAGGCCAAUCAUGUGAUAGAGACGAAUAGAUGGGUCUGGGCAUUACAAAAUGCAAUCCGCUAUGCAAAGGACCAGGAGCGACAACAGCGUGCAAUUGCUGCGGAAGAACAGCAACGGGCCAAGAAGACUGCAAGAAAUAGAGAAAGCUUUGAGUCCACUCGGUCCAAUAGCACACAGAACAUUGGCAACCGCGGAUCGUACAACGACCAGUCGCCAUCGCCAAUCACCGCCCAUCAAAGAACGUUCUCCAACGCUUCUUCGGUGUCCUUAUCUUCGGACGAUGAAGGGUCUGGCUCGUUGUCUUCUAGAGAGAACAAAUCGUACAAGAAACCGAUGCGAAAACUUUCGAAGCUCGCCAAGAGAAACAAGGAUGCGUUUGCACUACCUGAAAUCAAAGAGAACGCCGAUCUGAAGCUGCCUGCAAAGAAAGACCGUUCGCCUUCGGUUGGAUCGUUUGGGUCUAGUGGGGAGGCGGGCAGUAAGAUUACAAUUUCUUCUGCGGCUGACGACGAACGCGAUACGGACCUUGACGACGAGGAUAGCAGUGUCCAUACAACUCCCCGUGACAGCAGUAUUGCCGAGGGUGAGGAUAUCAUUGCUCCGAAUCUGAACAACUCGGAGCUUGCAGUGAGUAAGAACCAGAUGAUGAUCGAGCUGAAAUCGUUUGGCGAGUUUUUGACUGCUGCCGAAUCCGACGAAAGCGUGUCCAAGGGCCAGGUGAUUGAAGAGGCUAUGACAAUUCUUUCGAGUUUGACGAGCCUCUCAGAAACACAGUCUGAUCUCUUGAAAAAGUACGAGAACAAGUUUGGCAAGAUUAUCGAGAGACAGCAGGAGAUCUCCAAAAUUUGGGAAAAUACUCUCAAACGUUUGGAACUGGAGAUGCAGUCGCGCGAGCAGAAAAUUGUGGAACUCGAAGAUAAGCUUCAUGCGAUCAAAAAAUCUCUAAAGAACAAUCCUGGAAUCAUCCAGGCCGUUACUGAGGUCGCGCCAAACGACACGGUGAGGGAAAACAUUGUCAACGUCGAAAGCAAGAGCCCAGAACAGAUUAGACAAUUUUUGGCCGAAGAGGAGGAGUCUGAGGACGAGUUUUUCGAUGCUGAAGACACUGGUCAUGAAGAAGAAGUUGACGAGCAGGCCACCGGCGCAACCGAGUCCACGGCCGUUGCAGAUAGUUCUGAGGAAGACAACAAAGGCCAUGUUGUUGUAAAUGGUUUUGAGUUGUCAAGUCCAAAGCAGCUCGAACGACUUGAAAAAAUCAAGAAAGAGGAAACAUUUAAGGGCUAUGAGGAUCCAAUUAGAACCACGUUGAAGAAAGAAGACAAUAGACCGAAAAUCUCGCUGUGGAGUGUUUUGAAGUCCAUGGUAGGAAAAGACAUGACUAAGAUGACUCUACCUGUUGUUUUCAAUGAACCAACCUCGCUCUUGCAGAGAAGUGUCGAGGUGCUCGAAUACUGCUCGCUUCUAGACAAGGCUGCCACCAUCGACGAUUCUCCUACAAGAAUGAUUUACAUUGCUGCAUUCGCUGCUUCGGAGUAUGUUUCCACGGUGGGACGUAUUGCUAAGCCAUUCAAUCCAUUGCUCGGAGAGACUUUUGAGUAUGCUCGUCCGGACCAGGGGUACAGGGUGCUGGCCGAACAAGUGAGUCAUCACCCUCCAAUAUCCGCACUUAUUGCUGAAUCUCCAUCGUGGUCUUAUUACGGAGAGUCUAACGUGGAUACCAAAUUCUUCGGUCGCUCCUUUGACAUCAAACAUCUGGGUACGUGGUAUGUGGAUUUGUAUCCCGGAAAAGGUGUUGUGGACCAGAAGGGCCAGAGAGUGGACCACGAAACGUAUUCCUGGAAAAAGAUCAGGAAUUCUGUCAUUGGUAUCAUUGUCGGAAAUCCAACCAUUGAUAACUAUGGGGAGAUGGAAAUUAGAAACCACACCACUGGGGACUAUAUGAGCUUCAAUUUCAAGCAACGAGGCUGGAGAGCUUCCAGCGCAGGUGAAGUCAAGGGUGAGAUUUACUCGAACGACGGUAAGCUAAAGUACACGGUUGGCGGACAUUGGAAUUCGAAGAUCUUCGCCAAGGACGCAACCAAGCCUGAUGCAGCGAAGUUCCUGGUUUGGGAAGCAAAUGAGAGAACAGAGAUGAUGUUCCAUCUCACGAACUUUGCGGCCUCGUUGAACGCGCCUCAGCCUCAUCUUCUACCCGUUAUUGCCUGCACAGACACAAGAUUGCGCCCUGACCAGCGCGCAAUGGAAAAUGGAGAAUAUGACCUUGCCAGUACUGAAAAGACGCGCGUGGAAAACAAACAGAGAGCUGCCCGCAAACAGCGCGAGCUGUCUGGCGAAAAAUACGAGCCUACCUUUUUCGUCCAGGCCAAGCAUCCUGUGACGGGUGAGAUCUACUGGAAGUACAAAGACAACUACUGGGUGCCUCGCAAAGAGGGAAAGCUGAGAAAUUAUAAAGACAUCUUUUAA